UUCUUUCCCUCCACCAUUAAACAAAGAUUAACAUGGGCAAAGCUUCCAAGUGGUUCCGCAGUAUUCUCGGUCUAAAAAAACCCGACCCUCACAACCAACCUUCUUCUUCUUCCCCCAAAUCACCCCAUAAAGACAAACGCCGUUGGACUUUCGUCAAAUCCUACCGCGAAAAGGACUCCACCAACAGCAGCGGAAACGAUAAUGUCAACUUACCGUCGUCGCUAAACGGGCGUCAGCGGCAACCGAAAGACUCUGUUUCUGUAGUUGAAAGGAAACGCGGGUGUGAAGUAGAGGAUCCUAACAGGCACGCCAUAGCUGUUGCUGCCGCUACCGCCGCCGUUUCCGAAGCGGCAGUUGUUGCCGCUGAAGCUGCCGCAGCGGUGGUUAGGCUCACCAGUAGCAGUGGCAGGUGCGCGCGUGAACCGACAGCUCACAUUAGCAGCAGCAAAGAGUUAGCUGCGCUUAAGAUACAAUCCACAUUUCGUGGAUACCUGGCAAGAAGGGCAUUGCGAGCACUAAAAGGGUUAGUGAGGCUUCAAGCAUUGUUUAGAGGUCAUAUAGAGAGGAAAAGAACUGCAGAAUGGCUAAGAAGGAUGCAAGCAUUAUUGAGAGCACAAGAACGUGCACGUGCUGGCAGGACUCAAAUUUCCGAGUCUUCACAAUUGAGCUGCAAAUCUUCGCAAUUCCAUCAUAAGGAUCCAGCAACUCCUGAAAAGUUUGAGCAUGAAAUUCGGUCUAAGGGUACAAAAUAUGAACAAUCAUCAAUGCUGAAGAGAAAUGGGUCGAAGUCGAGCGGAAGGACUGUUGAUAAUCAUGAGAGAUUACAACCGGGUUGGCAUCGCCGGAGUGAUGAACAAUCAUGGGACCGACGAAUGCAUUCAACAAGAAUUAGUCCUAGUGAUGACGAAAAGAGUGACAAGAUCCUCGAGGUCGAUACAGGGAAAUCCAACUUCAUAUCUAAACGAAGAAACCUGCUUCACUCAACACACCUUGCCCUGAGUUCUGAUCUAUGUAGCUGUAGUUUCACUAAUUCUAGAGACUCUCACCAAGCAGUACCUAGUCUUUCAUCUGGUGAAGUUCAGUCUUUAACUCCAUGGAAGUUGUCUGACGCAGUAGAGGAAAGCCCUUACUGCAUUGCUGCUGAUGAUAAUAGUCCACAAUUCUAUUCCGCAUCUUCGAAAGGCGGUGGUUCUAAGAGAAGCCCUUUCACAUCUGCAAAGAGUGACGGGUCAAGAAGCUAUCUAAGCGGUUACUCCGACCACCCGAAUUACAUGUCCUACACUGAAUCAUCAAAGGCUAAGGUAAGGCCAUUUAGUGCCCCAAAACAAAGGCCUCAAUAUGAGAGAUCCAGUUCAACAAAAAGGUAUUCCAUUCAUGGUUUUGGUGAAAUGAAAUCAAAUACAAAGAGGUCAUCCCUGCAUGCAAAUUUCGCCAGCAAAGCCUACCCUGGUUCAGGUCGCUUGGACAGGCUAGGAAUGCCUGUUGGAUAUAGAUACUAAAUAAUGGUUUGGCGCAUGAGCAUGCACCUUGGUGGUGUAU